GAGGCCAUCUGCCGCGUUACGUAGGGGGAAUGAAAAGCCCAGGUGGCCACACGGUCCUUCAUUUUUCGGAUUUCUCAGACCCAGCCAUUCUCAUUCCUGUAUCUUUGUGUGUCUUUCUAUACGCCGAAGGUCCUGCUCGUCUCCGAGCCGCUUCGAGGAGACAGCGUCUAUGGCUUUUCUCGGAGCGAUUCCCCUCCUGACAGGAAGCGGGUGGGAGAGGCCGAAGGCGGGCGAGGGCGGGAGGCGGCCCUAGCGCCAUUUUGUGGGCACGAAGCGGUAGCUCGGCUGUUGUCGGAUUCCUUCCCGCCUCCGAGUCCUCGUUGUACUUCCUCGCAGCGGCCUAGUGGAGAUUUAAGCAAAGAUGUCUGAAUAUAUUCGGGUAACAGAAGAUGAGAACGAUGAACCCAUUGAAAUACCAUCAGAAGAUGAUGGGACAGUGUUGCUGUCCACAGUUACAGCCCAGUUUCCAGGAGCUUGUGGCCUGCGCUACCGGAAUCCAGUGUCUCAGUGUAUGAGAGGCGUCCGAUUGGUGGAAGGAAUUCUGCAUGCCCCUGAUGCUGGCUGGGGCAAUCUGGUAUAUGUUGUCAACUAUCCCAAAGAUAACAAAAGGAAAAUGGAUGAGACCGAUGCUUCCUCUGCAGUGAAAGUGAAAAGAGCAGUCCAGAAAACAUCUGACCUCAUAGUGUUGGGUCUUCCCUGGAAAACAACAGAACAGGAUCUUAAAGAUUAUUUCAGUACCUUUGGAGAGGUUCUUAUGGUUCAGGUCAAGAAAGAUCUUAAAACUGGUCACUCGAAAGGGUUUGGCUUUGUUCGAUUUACGGAAUAUGAAACCCAAGUGAAAGUAAUGUCACAGCGACAUAUGAUAGACGGGCGAUGGUGUGACUGUAAACUUCCGAAUUCUAAGCAAAGCCCAGAUGAGCCUUUGAGAAGCAGAAAGGUGUUUGUUGGACGCUGUACAGAGGACAUGACUGCAGAGGAGCUUCAGCAGUUCUUCUGUCAGUACGGAGAGGUGGUGGAUGUCUUCAUCCCCAAACCGUUCAGAGCCUUUGCCUUUGUUACCUUUGCAGAUGAUAAGGUUGCCCAGUCUCUUUGUGGAGAGGAUUUGAUCAUUAAAGGAAUCAGCGUGCAUAUAUCCAAUGCUGAACCUAAGCAUAAUAGCAAUAGACAGUUAGAAAGAAGUGGAAGAUUUGGUGGUAAUCCAGGUGGCUUUGGGAAUCAGGGUGGGUUUGGUAACAGUAGAGGGGGUGGGGCUGGCUUGGGAAAUAACCAGGGUGGUAAUAUGGGUGGAGGGAUGAACUUUGGUGCUUUCAGCAUUAACCCAGCGAUGAUGGCUGCAGCUCAGGCAGCCUUGCAGAGUAGUUGGGGUAUGAUGGGCAUGUUAGCCAGCCAGCAGAACCAGUCAGGCCCAUCUGGGAAUAACCAAAGCCAGGGCAGCAUGCAGAGAGAACCAAAUCAAGCUUUUGGUUCUGGAAAUAAUUCCUACAGUGGUUCUAAUUCUGGUGCCCCCCUUGGUUGGGGGUCAGCAUCAAAUGCAGGAUCAGGCAGUGGUUUUAAUGGAGGUUUUGGCUCAAGCAUGGAUUCUAAAUCCUCUGGCUGGGGAAUGUAGGCGGUGGGGGUGGUGAGUAGGUUGGUUGCUAGGUUAGGUAGGUUUAGAAUGGUGGGAUUCAAAUUUUUCUAAACUCAUGGUAAGUAUAUUGUAAAAUACUUAUGUACUAAAAUUUUCAGAUUGGUUUGUUCAGUGUGGAGUAUAUUCAGCAGUAUUUUUGACAUUUUUCUUUAGAAAAAAAGAGGGAAAAGCUAAAUGAAUUUUAUAAGUUUUGUUAUAUAAAGGGUUAAAAUACUGAGUGGGUGAAAGUGACCUGCUGUUUGCCUAAUUGGUAAACCAACACUACAAUUGAUCUCAGAAGGUUUCUCUGUAAUAUUCUAUCAUUGGAAUUGUUAAUGAAUUCUUUGCAUGUUCAGAGUAGAAACCAUUGGUUAGAACUACAUUCUUUUCUCCUUAUUUUAAUUUGAAUCCCACCCUAUGAAUUUUUUCCUUAGGAAAAUCUCCAUUUGGGAGAUCAUGAUGUCAUGGUGUUUGGUUCUUUUGGUUUUGUUUUUAACACUUGUCUUCCUUCAUAUACGAAAGUACAAUAUGAAGCCUUCAUUUAAUCUCUGCAGUUCAUCUCAUUUCAAAUGUUUAUGGAAGAAGCACUUCAUUGAAAGUAGUGCUGUAAAUAUUCUGCCAUAGGAAUACUUCUGUCUACAUGCUUUCUCAUCCAAGAAUUCGUCAUCACGCUGCACAGGCUGCGUCUUUGACGGUGGGUGUUCCAUUUUUAUCCGCUACUCUUUAUUUCAUGGAGUCGUAUCAACGCUAUGAACGCAAGGCUGUGAUAUGGAACCAGAAGGCUGUUUGAACUUUUGAAACCUUGUGUGGGAUUGAUGGUGGUGCCGAGGCAUGAAAGGCUAGUAUGAGCGAGAAAAGGAGAGCGCGUGCAGAGACUUGGUGGUGGAAAAUGGAUAUUUUUUAACUUGGAGAGAUGUGUCACUCAAUCUGUGGCUUUGGUGAGAGAGUGUGCAGAGAGCAAUGAUAGCAAAUAACGUACGAAUGUUUUUGCAUCAAAGGACAUCCACAUCUGUUGGAAGACUUUGAGUUUUGUUCUUAGGAAACCCACAUUAGUUGAAUGUGUUAAGUGAAAUACUUGUACUUCCCUCCCCCUCUGUCAACUGCUGUGAAUGCUGUAUGGUGUGUGUUCUCCUCUGUUACUGAUCUGGAAGUGUGGGAACGUGAACUGAAGCUGAUGGGCUGCGAACAUGGACUGAGCUUGUGGUGUGCUUUGCAGGAGAACUUGGAAGCAGAGUUCACCAGUGAGCUCAGGUGUCUCAAAGGAGGGUGGAAGUUCUCAUGUCUGUUAGCUAUUCAUAAGAAUGCUGUUUGCUGCAGUUCUGUGUCCUGUGCUUGGAUGCUUUUUUAUAAGAGUUGUCAUUGUUGGAAAUUCUUAAAUAAAACUGAUUUAAAUAAUAUGUGUCUUUGUUUUGCAGCCCUGAAUGCAAAGAAUUCAUAGCAGUUAAUUCCCCUUUUUGACCCUUUUGAGAUGGAACUUUCAUAAAGUUUCUUGGCAGUAGUUUAUUUUGCUUCAAAUAAACUUAUUUGAAAAGUUGUCUCAAGUCAAAUGGAUUCAUCACCUGUCAUGCAUUGACACCUGAUACCCAGACUUAAUUGCUAUUUGUUCUUGCAUUGUCCAAAGUGAAAGUUUUUCUUUGGGUUAUUUUGUUUUUAAUCUAGUUUUUCUUAAGUCCGGGUGACCGCACCUAAAAUGGUAAGCAGUUACCCUCCAGCUUGUUCUGAGUGCCUCUGUGCAUUUGAGUGAUUUUCUACUUAACAUGGCUGUAUAAUUCUCCAUUGGGGAAUCAUGCCUUCUAAAAAUACUAUUUGGGAGAGGGGGCAAAACAGUUGAUUGUUUUCAAAUGCUUUGUAGCAGAGCAUAUCACUGGAAAAAGAAGGGAUGAUAAGCAUCUUUCUGUUUGGGAUUUGAAAAAGUGGAAUUAAUUGCAGUAGGGAUGAAGUAGAAGAAACCAAGAAACCAUGUGCCUGAAAUCCAUUAAGAAGCCUGAUAGCUUUAAGAACUAGUAGGGUGGGUGGGCUUCUCUGUGGCAGUCUUAAGUGAGGUAGGCUUUUGCCCUCCUGAUGGGCUAUGUAGUGAUGAAGAAAUAUGCUCACAAAAUCAGAUUAGACUGUCAAUGCAUUGUUAAGAAUGUAAAAGCAAUAAUACCUUGAUUAUUGUACUUUUUCUGUAACUACUGAGGACUGAAGAGCUCUUUUUCUAACUGGAAGAAUGUGACAGCUUUUGUGUUGGUAGUUUCCCUGAUGCCCUUACCUAAAUAGAUUAUGAUAGGUUUGUCAUUUUGCAAGUUGCGUGUUUUAAAAUUUUAUAUCCUUUAGAGACUUGUUAUGAACACAUUGUUUCAUUAUGCAGUAUCCUCUGUAAAAGGAUCGUGAGUUAUUGUAAAUUUUUUUCUCUGCAUCUAAGCCUGCAUGAUUUCCAAACCCUGUACAUCUGAAUUUUGCAUUUUAGCACUUGCACUAUUACUCAGCAGCAGUAACAUGGUAACAUUAAAAUGGUUUUCGGGGACCUCCAAAGACUAAAACUGGCAAGCCGUCCAGGAGUCCUGGGGUAAGUUACUUGUCAAUGGCAUGGUUUUGAUCCCUUUUUUGCUCUUGUUAAAGACUUACUGGCCAUACAAGGCUUUCAGUGUUGAGUAGCCUUUUAACCUGUUUAUGGUAUGAAAUAGCUGUAGAUAGUUACUUGCCGUAAAUGAAGUUUUAGAAAUAAACUACUUGGCAAAGA